UCUUCCUCUGCCCUCGAACGCACUCCACCACGUUAGUAAACAAUCCUGGAACUCCCUGACAAGGAAGAAAGCUGCACGCAAGCGCAGUACAACUUGGCCUACAGAUUUUAACUGGAAUAUCUACAGGCGACAUGAUGUAAAAUUCAGCUUCGCCCAAAGUGUCCCCUUUGUAGAGCUGAAGUGAUCAAAGAAAUGAUCGUGGUGGGCAUUCCUCCAAAAAUUUGACACUGCUUUAAUCCACUGGCAACCCUGCACCAGCCUGGCAUUGUCUGGUGGUGUAGGCUCUGCUGCUGGUCAAGGAAGAAGAGGAGUCCCACCUGUACACCAUCUUAAUGUGGACUUCUCUUGAAGGGAUGCCAGUGAAUUUUGAGUGGCCAAUUCUUCUAUGAAGGCAUGUGGAAAAAUGGAGCCCAAAUUGAAACUGACAAUAUGGGGUCUAGUGUUUGUUAGGUUCAAUUCGAGUCAUGGAUUCCCAGUAGAGGUUGAUGCAAAUGCCAGGAUCUUGCAACUUAAGGAGGCAGUUGCUAAGAGACAAGGAGUUCCAUUUGACCAGUUGCGCGUGAUCUUUGCUGGAAAGGAGCUGAGGAAUGACUUGACACUGCAGAAAAAAUACAAUUUAAUGGAACUCAACUGACCACCCCAUAUCCCCAUCUGAAAAAAAGUAUGUCGGAAUAGGAUGAAUUACUGGAACAUGACUGAGACGUAUUGUCAGAACAGUCUGUAUUUCUCCAUGGAGAGCUGUGGCCUGAUCCAGCAAAGUACGGUUCAUGUAGUACAAUACACUCCUGAACUAACUCAAAGACCACCUACUAAUUCAACCACUGGCAUUAUCGCCAAAAAUAAUGGAAGGGAAAAGGACAUGUUAAAUCAAAUGGAUUUCAGCACAUCUGCCUUUCCAAAUCAUCCUAUGAAUCUCAAAGGUAUGCUGGGAAAUGGAGAUCAGGGUCAUCUUAGCUGCUAUGAAUCUUCAGGUUCAAGACCAUACAACAGAUUUUAUGUCUAUUGCAAGAUAACAUGCAAAGCAGUGCAGCCUGGGAAACUAAGGGCACGUUGUAGCACGUGUCAGCAAGGAACAUUGAUUUUAACUACGGAUCCAUCUUGCUGGGAGGAUGUUCUGGAAGGAAAUAGGAUGACUGGUGUGUGUCAAACAGAAGACUGCAAUGGAACUAUUGCAGAGUUUUACUUCAAGUGUGGAAAACAUCCUACCUCUGACAGUGACACAUCUGUUGUUUUGAACUUAAUUGCUCCAAACAGACAAAACAUCCCAUGUAUAGCCUGUACUGACACUGUCGAUCCAGUGUUGAUAUUUCCGUGUGUGGAUCGACAUGUCAUAUGCUUGGAUUGUUUCCACCUGUAUUGUGUGACACGGCUGAAUGACCGGCAAUUUAUUCAUGACCCAAAACUUGGAUAUUCCCUCCCCUGUGUGGCUGGCUGCCCAAACUCACUGAUUAAGGAAGUGCAUCACUUCAGAAUUCUUGGGAGCGACCAGUACAACCGUUAUCAGCGCUAUGCUGCGGAGGAAUGUGUGCUACAGAUGGGUGGGGUUCUGUGCCCAAGACCAGGUUGUGGAGCUGGCCUUCUUCCAGAUGCAGGCCUACGCAGGAUUGAGUGUCUACGACAAAAUGGAAUAGGCUGCGGGUUUGUUUUUUGCCGUGAAUGCAAGGAAGAGUACCAUGAGGAUGAAUGCAAGGGUCUCUGUCUGAGAGAAUACAUUGAGACCAAUCAGGGUUAUGUUAUCAAUCAGCAAGCUGCACAGCGAGCUCUCUGGGACAAGGCCUCAAGACAGGCAAUCAAGGAAACAACUAAGCCUUGUCCCAAGUGCCAAGUACCAGUGGAGAAGAAUGGAGGCUGCAUGCAUAUGAAAUGCCCCAGAUCUUCUUGCCUCUUUGAAUGGUGCUGGUUGUGCAGCAAGGAGUGGAAUCGUGACUGCAUGGGAGAUCACUGGUUCGAGUGAUCUGAACAUGAAGAAAAGAAGCAGAACAAACAUAGAGUUUUAGCAAAACACAUUAAAUUUAUUAGUGACUAGCAUUAGGCUUAAGGUUUGGUUUGCUCAGCCCUUUCAUACACAAUGAAAUUACAAUGAGUCAAAUCAUAGGGAGUCUACUUGCAAAUUCAUGUUAGCAGAAAGUCAAGGAGACCCUUAUGCAACCUAAUUUGCCCAUAAAGACAGUCAUUGUCAAAAAAAUCCCAAAUGAAAACAGAGGAAAAUGUAAAAAUUCCAAUUUGUUUUCAAAAACCAAAAGAACUGCGGAUGCUGAAAAUCGGGAACAAAAACAAAGUUGCUGGAAAAGCUCAGCAAGUCUGGCACCAUCUGUGAAGGAGAAAACAGAGUUAAUGUUUUAGGUCCGGUGACCCUUCCUCAAAAAUGAUGGUGGCUGGGAAAAUGUCAGUUUAUAUGGAGGUGGUUGGGGUAGGGUGUAAACAAUAGGACAGAGCCCGAAGAAAGAGAAAGACAGUUGGACAGACAAAAGAGUUGCUAACGAUCAGGCUGGGAGGGUGAAUAGUUGUUAAUGGGGACUGUUAGUGACUAACAACAUGGGGUGUAUAAUGGCAGGCUAUGUGGUAACAAGGCCUGGUGUGGGGGGCUGGGACAUGGGGGAGUUUAGGCCCUAAAAUUAUUGAACUCAAUAUUGAGUCCGGAGGGCUGUAGGGUCCCCAAGUGGAAAAUGAGGUGUUGUUCCUCCAGCUUGCGUUGGGCUUCACUUGAAUAAUGUAGCAGUGUAGAGACAGAGCUGUUGGCCAGAGAGCAGGGUGGUGCAUUGAAGUGGCAAGCAACGGGUAGUUCAGGGUCUUUUUGCGAGUAGAACGUAGAUGUUCUGCAACGCGGUUGCAAAGUCUACGCUUCAUUUCCACAAUGUAGAGGAGACCACAUUGUGAGCAGCGAAUGCAGUAGACUAGAUUCUUGGAAGUGCAGGUGAAGUGUUGCUUCACCUGGAAGGUAUGUUCGGGCCCUUGGAUACUGGGGAGGGAGGAGGUAAAUGGGCAGGUGUUGCACCUUAGCCGGUUACAGGGCAAGGUGCUGUAGGGCUGUGGGGAGGUGUUGGGGUGAAGGAGUUGUGGACCAGGGUAUCCCAUAGGAAAUGGUCCCUGCAGAAGGUGGGCAAGUGAGGGGAGGGGAGGGGGUGAGGUGUUGUCUUUGUUUUUAAGUUGUUCACACCUUACAAUGGCAUAUCUUCAUCCAGAAAAUGACUUUGAAAAAUUUUGGAAGUUAGGUUGGAAAGUCUCUGUAAUUUUCUUUUGCUUACCAUAGUGUCUUUUGACAGGAAUGAUUCAGUCCAGCAUUGCAUUAAUUCAGAAAAUCUGUUUGACUGUUUCCAUGAAGCAAUUCAAAAACCCUGUGUAUCUCUAUGAACUUUACAACUUCAGCCAGGGAAACAAGGUAGUGAGUGGCUUUGAUGUUGGUCUCCUCAGGCUCCUCUGUGAUUGUAUCUACUGCAUCUAUAGUUGCUUCAUCUGUCAGGUUUAUUGUACAGCGUUCAGUGCCAUCCACUUUCCUAUUGGUUUACAUGACUGUCUCUGCUUGUAUGGUCAUGCUGGCCUCUUAUAAGUGAGCAAAAAGAGGCCUGUCAUUGAGUUAGUUAUCCCCACUAUACUUCUCCUCAUUCUCAGUGUCUUGAGCAGUUACAGCCCACUUGAUCCCAACAUUGUAGAAGCAAUUUUCAACUGCAGCUAUUAUCACCAUCUUCCACACCUCCUUCAUCAUGAAUGUGGCCUCAAUAACAGAUGUCUUGUACUCCUACUUCUUAUCAAUGGCCUUGUUAACCUGAGAUCAGCUGCCAUUGGUAGUGGGUUUUCAGAAUCCUAAUCUCCUUCCGAUUCAUUGGCUCGAGACUGGUGGGAGGCAAGAACAUCAGUUUGGCCCACUCUAAUAGAUUGGCAUGAUCAAAUCUCAAGUUCAGCUAAUUGGGAGUUUCAGUUUGGGACUUAAGUUUAUAAGGGACAUCAUUCUAUUGAAAUUGUUAUUCUGCCAGUUGGAACAGCGGGUAACUUCAACACUGCUGGAAUUUGGACGUUACCUGAAUUUGACACCAUGAUUUCACUGUUCUGUAGCAUAAUGUAUGAAAUUCAGCAACAGUUUUCAUUUAUUUGUAGGAAGGCUAUUUACAUAGAAUUAUAUGGAAAUUACAGCACAUGGAGAGGCCAUUCAGCCCAAAUGGUCAAUGCUGGUAUUUAUGCUCCACACCUUAGACCCUAAUUAAUCUAAUUGUAUCUACACAGCAAUCUAUUCCCUUCUCCUUUAUUUAUUUAUGAAGCAUCUUAUUAAGUUGAACUACCAGGUCUUUAUUGGUAACAAAUUACAUCCUCUAACUAUUCCUUAGGUAAAAGGAAAUUUCUCUUGAAUUUCCAGUUGAAUUUAUGAGCAACUGUCUUAUCUUGGUUUCCUCUACUUUUAGACUGCCCACAAGUGGAAAGAACUUUUUCAUGAUAUUUACCCAAUAAACAGCUUCACAAGUUUUCAGAACUCUGCUAGGUAACUUUCAACUUUCACUUUUCUAAACAAAAAAAAGAGUCCCAGCCCAUUCCAUCAUUCCAGAUAACUAUAAUCACUUAUUCGUAGUAUCCUUAUCUUUUCCUCAGUGAAGACAGCCACUUAUUUCCCUUUCACACAACAAGAUCAGGAUAUCAUGCUGCCAAGUGAGAAUGUAUUUUAGGUAUAUCAGGGUAGGGCUGGAUACAAUAAGUAAAUAUUGAUCUUGUAUUUCAUUGAGAUCAGCACUGUAACUAAGAUGGGAAUGAGCACUUUUUAACAUAAUGAAAGAGAGGUUUUCUCAGGCUGCAGUACAAAACGUGUGGCAACAGACUGGCCAUUUGGUACCAUACUGAUUAGUACCUCAUACUUAACUCCACUGACUGUAGUCUAACUGAAUAUCAGGUGCUGUAUAUCAGACAGCCAUCCAAUAAUUCUCAUGUCCUCCUCUCCCUACAUCUCCCUCCCCUUUAAUGGUUUGCAUUGCCCUUAAUGGACUUUACACUUAAAUUGCUCAGUUGAAAACAUAGGUGAUUUGCUUGUGUUGAUUAAUCAAUGGGAAAAAAAACACUGGCGAUUGGUAAUGGAAAAGUCCCAUUAUCCCACCCCCCCCCCACCCCUCCCUCAUCUUUGAUAGUCUGCAUUAUGCUUAAUGGGCUUUGCACAUAAAUUAAUCAAUUAGAAAAUAUGGAUGCUUUACCAGUGGCGGUUAAUAGAUGGAAAAAAAUACCACAGGUGAUUUGGUGAUGGAAAAAAAUCAUCUAGUUGUGUGUAAGAGCACUUCUGGAUUUAAAAAAAUACUCCCAUUCUGUACCAUUAUCUAAGACAAAUUUCUACUCUAGUCUCUGUUAAACCAGACUUUAUACUUGUCCAUUACAGCAGAAUUUCUUCUGUAAUUAAAUGAUGAAAUACUUUGGCCCAAUCUGUAGAAUGAAGAUCAGCGUUCUGCCUCUGUACAGAACGUUUAUUCAUUUUUCAGUGUGAAACAAUAGAAAUGUAUUUUGAAAUUACCUGAUCAACCUCAUGUACGCACAAGGAAUUUUUAAAAAAUCUCUUUCCCUGAAUCAUAAACCGCAUUGUAGCUGAUGGUAACACAUAUUGACUUUUUCCUUACAUUUUAACCACAGCAAUCAAAUGAUGUGACCUGGUUUUAAACAAUUGUUGAACAGAUUCCAACACUUGGAAUUGACCUGCCAUGACAGCAGCAGGAAUUAAGGCUUUGGAAUGAUCUCAAAU